AUGAUGGAAAUUGGAGAAGGAGAAGAACACGAAGAAGUAGAAGAAGAAGAAGAAGAAGAAGAAGAAGAAGAAAAAAGACAAUAUGAAAGAAAUCGUGGUGGUCGAAAACAAGUUAAAAUUGGUACAACACGUCGAAAUGCUCGUGAGCGAAAUCGUGUGCGUCAUAUAAAUGCUUGUUUUGAAAUUCUUCGUCAACAUAUUCCAAAUGAAAAACACAAUAAAAAACUUUCGAAAGUUGAUACACUUAAAUCAGCAAUGAUUUAUAUUGAAAAUCUUCGUCAACUUCUUCAAUCAAAUUCGUCAUUAUCAUCAAUAUCAUCGUCAUCAUUAUCGUCGUCGUCACAAAUAAUUUAUCCUGAUCAACAAUCAAAUAUAAUUAUUCCAAUUAAUAUUAAAAAUGAAAAUGUUUAUUAUUGGAAUGAUCGAAAUUAUUCAUCAGAAUAA